CCAACUGCGCAACCACCCCACACAUUCAUUCCGACCCCAAAGAUCGCGAUCCACCGCCAAAAAGCUCACAUCUUUCGGCCUCAGCCGGCUGGACAGCCGACCUACCCGAACCACCAAAAGGCUGGCGGGGAUCGAUGCCUAGGAGCAGCGCUCCAGCUCACCGGCCAGCAAACCCGAUGGCGCUCGUCGAGGCCAAGCCCGCCGGCGCAUCCACCUCCGCCGCGGACCCCCUGUUCGUCGUCGUCCUCGACGGCGUCGAGACGCCCAUCCGCGAGGGGACACUCUACGGCGCCGCCGGCGGCACGGUCACCGUCACCGCCCCGGGCCACCUCGCCGCCGAGGGCCUCCGGAGCGUCCUCGUCCGCGCCGGGGCCGGGGCCGGGGCCGGCGGCGCGGCCACAACCGCGCGGUUCACGCUCUGCGGCGACGCGGCCGCCGAGGGCGUCGGCGCGGUUGCGUUCGACCGGUGCGGCGCGGCGCGCGCGGAGGGCGCGCGGGAGGUGUCCGCGGCCCGGUGCCGCGCCGCGGAGGUGGAGCGCGCGGGGAAGGUCACCCUCGAGCGGUGCCGGGACGCGCGGCUCCGCGGCGGCGGGGCCCUCCGCGCCGCGCGGUGCCGGAGCGCCGACGUCGAGAGCUUCGGCGGGGCGCGCCUGGCGCGGUGCAAGGCCGCGCGGCUCCACUGGUGCGGCACCGUGGAGGUCGACAUGUGCAGGGCCGUCGAUGUCACCCGCUGCGGCGCCGUCACCGGGGAUCGCUGCCGCGUCGUGAACGCCGCCGGGUGCGGGACCGUGGCCGUGGCGCACGCCGAGGUCAACAUGCUGGAGGAGGGGGAGGAGCAGCGGCUGCAGUGAGAGCGCGCCUUCUCAGCGCCGGCGGCGACCGCGCCGUGGAGCAGAUGAAGAGAGGAUUUGACAGCUGCAACUGCAAGUGCUACUUGUAAGAUCUGCUUGUAAAUGGAACGCGAAGUCGUGCAUAAAUUGUUCAGUAGGAUUCAUGGUUCGUGAUUAAUUGCUUGAAUGAUCCUCGCUACUUCUUCCUGAAUUGGUGGAAUGGGGAUUGGUUCAGUAGCUACGAGUCCUGAUCGUUUGGUUCUGUCAUGGCAACUUCCAAAUUUCAUUUCAAAGUUUGAAACCAACCA